AUGGGGGAAACUGAGAACGGAAAAACCCUAGCAACAGACGUAGAGGAACCCCAGAACGGAAAGCACGUAGCAACAGACGCUGUGGAGCCUCAGAGCGGCAACGCAAGCUCUGCCGUAGUGGAGAGCGAGGAGGAGCCCCUGGUGGGCCCGGGACCAGCCCCUCGCUCUCGGCCCAAGCGGCCUCUCCAGUUCGAGCAUGCCUACCUCGACGCCCUUCCCUCUGCUCAAAUGUAUGAGAAAAGUUAUAUGCACCGUGACGUGGUUACACAUGUUGCGGUGUCUUCGGCGGAAUUUGUUGUAACUGGAAGUGUUGAUGGACAUUUGAAGUUUUGGAAGAAAAAGGCUAUUGGCAUUGAGUUUGCAAAGCAUUUUAGGUCCCACCUGGGUCCAAUUGAAGGCCUAGCUGUUAGCGUUGAUGGUUUGCUUUGCUGUACAAUUUCAAAUGACCACUCUGUGAAGAUAUAUGAUGUAGUCAAUUAUGAUAUGAUGGUCAUGAUUCGAACACGUUUUGUUCCUGGUGCUGUUGACUGGGUCUACAAACAAGGGGAUGUCAAAGCCAGGCUUGCCAUCAGUGAUAGAAACUCGUCAUUUGUACACAUUUUUGAUGCACGCGCUGGUACAAAUGAACCUAUAAUCUCUAGAGAGAUACACUUGGGCCCAGUGAAAGUUAUGAGGUAUAAUCCUGUAUUUGAUACAGUGAUUUCAGCUGAUCAACAGGGAAUAAUUGAGUAUUGGAGUCCUGCUACGCUUGAGUUUCCAGAGGAUGGGGUGAAGUUUAGAGUGAAAAGUGACACCAGUCUUUUCGAAUUCUUGAAAUGCAAAACUACUGUUUCUUCUAUUGAGGUUAGCCCGGAUGGUAAGCAGUUUUCAAUUACAUCACCUGAUCGCAGGAUACGUGUAUUUUGGUUUAGCACGGGUAAAUUGCGACGAGUCUAUGAUGAAUCUCUUGAGGUGGCCCAAGAUCUCCAAAGAAGUGAUGUACCUUUGUACCAACUGGAAGCUAUUGACUUUGGGCGAAGAAUGGCUGUUGAGAAGGAAAUUGAGAAAACAGAAUCUGCCCCACAGCCAAAUGCAGUUUUUGAUGAAAGCUCAAAUUUUCUCAUAUAUGCGACUCUCCUUGGGAUAAAAGUGGUAAAUUUACACACUAAUAAAGUUGCCCGAAUUCUUGGAAAAGUGGAAAAUAAUGAUAGGUUUUUGAGAAUUGCCUUAUAUCAAGGUGACAGAAGCAGUAAAAAAGUUAGAAAAAUUCCCGCAGCUGCAGCAAAUGUGAAUGAAAGCAAAGAGCCUUUGACGGAUCCCACUCUCAUAUGUUGUGCUUUCAAGAAACAUAGAAUCUAUCUGUUCAGUCAGAGAGAACCAGAGGAGCCUGAAGAUGCAACUAAGGGAAGAGAUAUAUUCAAUGAAAAGCCUCCUGCCGAUGAACUCUUGGCUGCAUCAGAUAUUGGCAAAUCAGUCACAACAUCUCUUCCUGACAAUGUGAUUUUGCAUACUACGAUGGGUGACAUACACAUGAAAUUGUAUCCAGAGGAAUGCCCUAAAACCGUGGAGAACUUCACAACACACUGCCGGAAUGGCUAUUAUGAUAACCUCAUAUUUCAUCGAGUGAUCAAAGGUUUCAUGAUACAAACAGGAGAUCCUUUAGGAGAUGGUACUGGUGGGCAAUCUAUUUGGGGAAGGGAGUUUGAAGACGAGUUUCACAAAAGUUUACGACAUGACAGGCCUUUCACCGUAUCGAUGGCAAAUGCGGGAGAGAACACAAAUGGAUCACAAUUUUUUAUCACCACGGUGGCUACUCCUUGGCUUGACAACAAGCACACAGUUUUUGGCAGAGUUAUCAAGGGAAUGGAUGUCGUACAGGCUAUAGAGAAAGUGAAGACAGACAGGGGAGACAGGCCCCAAGUAGAUGUGAAAAUUCUAAAUGUUACUGUCCCUAAGUCUUAA